GAUGCUGCAACAGUUGUAAGCGUGAAAAACAGUUAUAACUCACUCUUUUCAGUGUGCUUUGAAUGGUCAAGAACUACCUGUACAGAAAAAUUUUCCAGAUGAAAUGCAACUCCAUCAUAUCCAGAUUGAUGGAUGAUUUGGGGCUCAAAGGUGUUUAAUGGCUGUAAGGUAAAUGUAAAGGUUCCCCCACACAUGCGUGCUAGUCAUUUCCAGCUCUAGGGGUGGUGCUCAUCUCCAUUUCAAAGCCGAAGAGCCAGCACUGUCUGAAGACUUCUCCGUGAUUAUGUGACUGGCAUGACAACACCAAAGACAUAUGUGGCACUGUUACUUUCCCACCAAAGUGGUCCCUAUUUUUUUACUUGCAUUUUUUACGUGUUUUCAAACUGCUAGGUUGGCAGAAGCUGGGACAAGUAACGGGAGUUCACCCCACUAUUUUUUCAUGUGUACUUUCAGUUAAAACCAUAACUUUCUUGUGCUGUGGUUACUGUGCUGCACUAGUUAAAAAAACCUUGACUCAACAAGAUAUAAUCUCACCACAUCAGUCACUUUUCUAGAUUGUGUGCAUGGUUUGGUAUAUCUCAGAUGUUUUGGAGUGUUCAAACACUGCAGUAUUAUUCAUUUCUACUUACAGUAUUUUCACUAAUAUCAACAUGUGGCAUAAUUGAACAUACCAUACCUUUGGGCAAAUUUUAGUAAUGCUACAUUUCAGGCACCUGAAAGUUGAUGAUUCAAACAGAUCCAAAUGCAGGAUGCUACACUUCAGAUUUUGUUUCAUUUUUGGAUGGUGCAUUAUAUCCUCUUGUAAGAAGGAAAUUAUUUUUAUUAUAGUGAACUAUUGUUUAUCUUAGGGUUUUGCAAAACAUUCCAUGUACCAAAUACUUCCCACAUAGAAGAGCUGAUUUUUGGAUAGUCUAUGUCUGAAAGGAAAAGUGUUUCCACUGAGUUGCCUACAAAUGGAAGAAAACAAGUUUGAAUACAGCUAUUCCACCCAGAAAUGGUUGACUGGAAUUGGGUGGAUGUUGCCAAUGAUCUUCUGACAAAAUGUAACAUACAGCUGCAUGUUAAUAGUCUCUCUGACUGUGGAGCUGAAGUUUUUGUUCAUCUUUAUGAAUCAAUAUUAGGAGAAAAAGUCCCUGAUUUCAUAGCUGUUCCUACUUGCCAAGAAGACAAUAUUCAUAAUGUGCAGGCGGUGAUAGAUUCUUUGGCCCUGGACUACUUGCAGAUCAGCUUGUCACAUAUAACUGGAGAAAAUAUUGUGAAAGGAGAUACGGAGUCUAUUAGGAAUCUCUUGGAAAUAUUUGAUGGCUUACUUGAAUAUCUUACGGAAGAAAGUGAAACUGCUUCUCAACAGGAUGGUGGUCUUAAGCAGAUGGCAGAAACAGAGGUGCAGCACACUGAUUCAAAGAUGCCAGAAGAUGGCUUUGACAUCCCAGUUCCCUCCCUAGAGCAACCCUCAGCUGAAGGAUCUUCUCAGUCAUCAGAGCUGCUUGAUCCGUCUUUGGAGGCUGGUGGUUCAGAAUCUACAAGUGAGCUGAUCAAGCUUGGUGACACAGCUUAUUUGUUUUCGCUGAGAAAUGAAGUGUUACCAUCAGGAAAAGAAGUCCCCAAAAAGGCUGCAGGAUCUGAAGUACCUGCAACUUUUAGAGAACCAUUUCGUCUGUCCUCCAGUGGAAAAAAUACUGUUAUUUCAGAAAGACCAGCUAUAGCCAAAUCUGCUCAAUUGUCUGAAGAGCAGUUGAGUUCCAGUGCUAAGAAGCUUGGGGACCCAAUCCGUCCAGCAAUUGCUUUGCAGCCCCCCUACCAACCUUCCGUCAGUGGAGUCUCUUAUCUAGCUGAAAGGAACAAUGUCACUGGAGACAGGGAUUCCCCACCACCUUUAUUAUCAUUUAAACCUCAAGAAACGCCACCUACUGUUCUUGCAGAACCUCCUGAGCGUGAAUACUCUCUUUUUUCAGAUGGCAUCCAUUCUUUUCCAGACGCAACUUCUUAUUUUCCAACAGAACCAUCAGGAACAGGAGUUGGUGUAACUGGUGAAUCAGUGCUACAAGUCAGCUCACAUGAUUCAGAAAAGGAAAUAGGCGAGAGUUCGCGGUACAUAUCGAUUCAGAGUUGCAAGGAGAAUGGAUUACCACAGUUCACCUCUAUACAAACCACAAGGCCCAAACAAAGGAAUCUAUUUAUUGGGAAAAGCCAGAAAGAACAUCCUGCUCUGGCAGACUCUUUUAUAGAAGACUCUCUUCCCCAUAGACGUGCAAAGAAAAAACUCUCUGAAAUGUCAGAGAAACUCUCCCGCAGGCUGAAUGAACUGGAUGCGAUGUUAAAGCGUGCUUUGGGUGAACAAAGCCAAGGCGAGUUGUCGGCUGAUGAGGAUACCCUUUCUCAGCACAGUGACAGCAUCAUGGACUAUCGCCAAAUCAAACAACAAUCAGAUAUUCGUCGUUCAAGGAAAGCACCCAACAGGCGACGGUCAUUUUCUGCUUCCCCGCCCCCAUCCAAUUAUCAACCAUCACAUGUAUCAGAUAGUCCUCUCCAGAAAGAUGCCGAAGAGCCAGCGCGAAGAGUGCGAAUAUGUUGGCAAAAUGAACAGGAUCAAAGGAAGUUAAGAGCAAAGCAUCUGAGUAAAGCUUAUGACGAAGACCUAAGAGCAUACGAAGCUAGUGAAAGUCUGGAACUUGCAAAGAUAAAAGCAAAGGCUCAGGAAAUGGAACAAAAGUACAAAGAGAACGUACUUAAAGGAACUCCAAGAAUUUCACAUGCGGCAAAGAUUUAUUCUCGAAAAAAUAUACCUCGGCAUUCCAAACUCAAUCAGAGGAUUUCAAGAGGAGGGUUUGCGAAGCCAAAAAAAGCAGCUCCAAUGAAAGUCAAAGAGAACGAUCUCUUGCCUCUGCUACUCGAAGAGUUUCCUCACAUGAACAUUUCUCAUCCAACAAUGAACAAGAUGUGGCAGCAGCAGCUCUCCCAAAUUGAACAAUUCAAACCUCCCAGAGAGAGGAACCAGUGGAAACUACAAAAUGAAGUACUGGAAACACUGAAGAAGCACAACCUACUUGUGGAUCUUCUAAAGAGAGAGCAGGCUCACAGCAGGAGAUUGCAAGAGUUUAGGCAGCGCAUUGAGAGACAGAAAUGUACACAGAAUAAAGUGAGGGAGAGACGCCAGCAGAUUGCCCGAGCCAAAAAAUACUAUCAAGAUUACAGAGUUCAGCUGCGUGCCAAGAUGAUGAGGACCAGAACACGGGAGGAAAGGAUAUUUAAACAACUGUUUGAAGAAGCCUUGGAAAUUCAGAAACAAAGAUUUCUUGAGUUGAGGUCAUAUGCCAAGGAUAAACGUGCUGAACAAAAGAAGCAGUAUCAAAAUGAGCUACAAUCCAUGGAAAACUAUUACAAAGAUCAGUUUGCAAUGCUGGCCGAAGCUGUUUCAGAAGAACGUCGAGAAAUUCAAACAAGAGAGCGAGCACAUGUCCAGACAUUAGGUAAAGUGAAACGUGAACUGAGAUCCAAGCUGGAGAAAGAGAUUAAAGAGCUGCAGGACAUGAUCACACAUGAUGAUGAUGAUUUGUUUUUCCGAGAACUAGAAGCUGAUCGACUGAAAUCCAGACUCUUGGUGGCUUCUUUUCAAUGCAGCAAGAACUAUCUGUUUCUUUAAAGGCCUGGCACGCUUGUAUCAUAUUUGUGUGGCUUUUUUCCAAGGAGACCGAAAUCAAAACUAUAAAAUUAGCAGUUUAGUCUCCUGCCCCAAGACCAAGAUUAAGUUGAUGUUAUGAAAAUAUUGCACUGAUAUUUUCAAAGCAAAUGGUUUUAAAGACUUUGUCAAUAAAGAUUAGCUUCCUU